UUAAUAUACCAAAUAAUGGUGUCAAAACACCGGGGGGUGGUUGGCGCGCAGGCGCCUGAGGGGCUCGUGCCGAGCGCGCAGAUGGCUCGACAUCAACCCCUCCACAACACGAUGCACUGCAUUAGACGCCACACCCUCUCUCUCCACUAGACACUCACUCUCACUUCUCCUCUCGACUAAGCUCGGAGACGCUGGGGGGACACUCACGCCCGGAGGCGGUACGCACGACCCGGAGGCGUGGGGAUGGGGGGGGGCCGCGCCGCCGCCGCCGUGCCGCCUUCUCCCGCUUUGACCUCCCCCAGCUGCUUCUCCUCAAAUCAACCUGUGAGCUUGCGAGGGCGGCGGGGGUGGGAGUGCUCUCGGGCGGCGGCGCGCGCGGCGCGAGAUCUCUUUCGCGAGGGCACGUGGGUCGGGUGAGUAUCUCGCGCGCUCGCACUAUUUCACGUUAUAUCAGGCGCUGCCCCUGACUGCCUUUGCAGAACCGCCAGCGGCGGUGGUCGAACCGGUUCGCGGUUCGAGCUGGGACCUUUUGGCUCCCGGCUCGAAACUCGCUUGGAGGGUUGCUUCGCUCUCGCGGAGCGAGCGCGGGCGCGCGGGUGCGUGUGCGCGUGCGCUGCUGCAAGGCGAGGCGAGGCGCGGCGCGGCGCGGCGCGGCGAGGCGGGCGGCGGCGGCGCGCGGUCGUUCCUUUUGCCCGGGUGAGGCGUGGCUUGCGCGCCGCGCGGUGAUGACGCCGCACGUUGAAAAGUCCUUGGUGAGCCACCGCGGUGGCAGCGAG